AUGGCGCCCUCCGCCACUCCCUCAGAACACGAGUCUUCACGCGUCGGACCCCACCCUUCAUAUAUUGAGAUCGCCAAACCCUACAUCCUCCAGUCGCGCAUCCAAACAUGUCUCACCUCCCUCUCCAUGACCGACGCCAAGGAAGAUGCCGUGCGCCUGCAAGGCGUGACGUGGAUCGACGCGGUACGCCGAGCGUUAUCGCUGCCAAUCCGCACAUUCAACACGGCGGUCAUCUACUAUCACAAGUUUAGGCUGCUGCACGGGGACAACGAGUACAACUGGGCGGAUGCGAGCGCGGCAGCAUUGUUCACGGCCUGCAAGAUUGAGGACACGCUCAAGAAGAGCAGGGAGAUUCUAUGCGCGAGUUGGAAUCUAAAGGUCGGGCCUGGAGAGGCGCUGAGCAGCGACGAUCCACGGUUCGAAAACCACUCCAAGCAAAUCAUCGGCCUAGAGAGACUCAUGUUGGAGAGCGCCAGCUUUGACUUCCGCAACAGAUAUCCGCAGAAACUCAUGGUCAAGCUUGCACGAGCGGUCAAGUUCGAUCAGCACAACGAAGCGAAGACGGCCUGGAAUUUGAGCGUGGAUCUGUACAGGACGUUUGCGCCGCUCAAACAGAGCACGCCGACGCUGGCGAUUGCGUGCUUAGAGCUGGCGGCACGAUUGCACGAAAGGGAUGCAGAGGCGCUGGUGGACAGAGGCGCGUGCAGGUACGCAAAGUGGGCUACAAGCAGAGGGGAGGUCAUGGAAACACUUCUUGACCUCCUCGAUCUCUACACGCACCACCGCUCUUCGACUUCAAUCGGCCCCCUCUACCCCCUCGAAACAUUUAUAAACAUUCGUAUCACCCUCAACACUGAAGCUUCGCGCCUCUCACUACCUCGCUACACUCCCUACGCCUCCGAAGCGUCUGCCUCACCCACUGCCUCUUCCACCCCAAAGACAGCCACAAAUGGCUCAAAACCUCAACCACGAAACGGCAUCGACACAAUAAGUCCCAACACCCCUGAUACCCCAGGAACGAUCUCUCCCGGCCAGCCGCCAGCUAGUGCAAUCGGCGUGAGAGGUCAGAACGGGACGGUCAGAUUCAUGCUGGACGCAGCGCGUGCAAGGGAUGAAGCCGUCGAGGUUGACAAAUACCACAAGAUCGAGGAAGAAGAGUACGAAGUGGAGGUCCCUAACGACCGGGCUGAUGAUGCAGAAAGGCGCAGGGUGCGUUAA